ACCACAGACCAGUUAGGAAAGAGUCUGUCGCCUCCUGCCGAGAGCGGAUAGCAUUACAUCCACUUGGCUGGACGCGAUACAAACUGUCCGCCUCUUGUCGCUGUUGUCUCCCGUGGUGUGAGCAGUGAAAGCCAGCCAGAAAGACUAAAAUGGCGCUCACUUCUCAAGGAACAAAGAAAAAAGUUUGCUACUACUAUGAUGGUGAUGUUGGAAAUUAUUACUAUGGUCAGGGGCAUCCCAUGAAGCCCCACCGAAUCCGCAUGACACACAACCUGUUGCUCAACUAUGGCCUCUACAGAAAGAUGGAGAUAUAUCGUCCACACAAAGCCAGCGGAGAGGAGAUGACCAAGUAUCACAGUGACGAUUACAUCAAAUUCCUGCGUUCAAUCCGACCAGACAACAUGUCAGAGUACAGCAAGCAAAUGCAGAGAUUUAAUGUGGGGGAGGACUGUCCAGUGUUUGAUGGUUUAUUUGAGUUCUGCCAGCUCUCAGCAGGGGGCUCCGUUGCCGGUGCCGUGAAGUUGAACAAACAGCAGACGGACAUUGCCAUCAACUGGGCUGGGGGCCUGCAUCACGCCAAGAAGUCUGAGGCCUCUGGGUUUUGUUAUGUCAACGACAUUGUACUGGCUAUUCUGGAACUGCUGAAAUACCACCAGAGAGUCCUGUACAUAGAUAUUGACAUCCAUCAUGGGGACGGUGUGGAGGAGGCCUUCUACACCACAGACCGUGUUAUGACCGUUUCCUUUCACAAGUAUGGAGAGUACUUCCCUGGCACAGGCGAUCUGAGGGACAUCGGUGCUGGGAAGGGUAAAUAUUAUGCUGUGAAUUAUCCACUGAGGGAUGGGAUUGAUGAUGAGUCAUAUGAAGCCAUAUUCAAACCCAUCAUGGCCAAGGUGAUGGAGAUGUACCAGCCCAGCGCAGUGGUUCUGCAGUGUGGAGCUGACUCUUUGUCAGGAGACAGGCUCGGCUGCUUUAACCUCACCAUUAAAGGCCAUGCCAAGUGUGUGGAAUACAUGAAGAGCUUCAACCUGCCACUGUUGAUGCUGGGCGGAGGAGGCUACACCAUCCGUAAUGUGGCACGCUGCUGGACAUACGAAACUGCUGUAGCCCUUGAUUCCUCCAUCCCUAAUGAGCUCCCAUACAAUGACUACUUUGAGUACUUUGGGCCAGACUUCAAGCUGCACAUCAGCCCCUCCAACAUGACCAACCAGAAUACCAACGACUACCUGGAGAAGAUCAAGCAGCGUCUGUUUGAGAACUUGCGUAUGCUGCCUCAUGCCCCGGGAGUUCAGAUGCAGGCCAUCCCUGAGGAUGCUGUACAGGAGGACAGUGGAGACGAAGAGGAAGAGGACCCCAACAAACGCAUCUCUAUUCGUGCUCAUGACAAGCGGAUAGCAUGUGAGGAGGAGUUCUCUGACUCAGAGGAUGAAGGUGAAGGAGGCCGUAGAAACGCAGCGAGCUUCAAGAAAGCCAAGCGAGCCAAAACUGAAGGAGAGAAAGAGGGGGAAGAAAAGGAGAAGAAAGGUGAGGAGGAAACAAAAGAAGUAAAAGAAGAGGAGAAGGUGCCAGAGGAGGAGAAAAUGGACACAUCAAAGCCAAAAGAGGAAUCCAAGACACCUUGAGGUCCUCAGCAUCCAGUGAUGCCAGUGCAGCUGAUCAGAACGGAUCAAACAAGAUUUUUUUGGAUCAGUCAUCUUUCCAGCUGCUGCUGUGGAAAUCAAUGGAUUAUUCCUUUGGGGGAGUAGAAUCUCUCAUUACAAAGUGGGAUGCGGAGCUAAACAUUUUUCUAGGACAACUUUUCAACUUUGCUGUUUAUGGACUAAAGUCAAACUGAGUGUUUUUGAAUAUUGUUUUUUUUUUUAAUGCUUUCUCAUUUUUUCUCCUGAAUCUUUUUUACGCGAACAUACUUGCUUUUCCCUUGUGAAGCAACUCUGUAAAAAUUGCUCAGUACAUGUAUGCUUUUAUAUAUCUGAUUGAUUUAAUUUAUUUAAAUCAUAGAUAUUUUGGCUACUCUGUUUUAUGUCGUUCAGUCCCACUUUAGUCCUGUACCUUUUUGAGUAUGUAGUAGAAGCAUGUUUGUAAAACAGACCCUUUUCUGUAAUACAUUUGUGUAACUGGUCUUGCCUUCAAAGGUCACUAAGAAUGAUUAAGAGGGUUGCUUAAACCUGUAUACCUCUUACAUGUCACAAAGUAAGUUAAUUACAUUCUUAUAUCUUUAGGUUUUGAUAGGACAUGACCUUUACUGACAUUUUCUUUGUUAAAUUUCUGUCACUCACAAUAUUGAAAAUGUUUGGGUCUGGUAUUGGGCUUAGAUUCCACUGAAAUUUGACUUGAAUGUCCAAUAUACUAAAUAGUACUCAGUGUAAAAUGGGAGGCGAGGCAAAUGCCAGAAUCAGUUCAUUUGUUGUAUAUAUUUAUAUCCUGAAACCAUGAGGAAAAAGUGUUCCACAAGAGAGACUGCAAAUGUCAUUUAAAUCUGACAGACCCGGGUGCGUGUUGACCACAUUUUAAACACCAAUAAAAAACGGCCAUAGAAAGUUCUCUAAAUUUGUUUCAUAAAGUUGAGUUUUUUCAAAAUAAGAAGUUAUAAAAUGUUACAUCUGGUUUGAUGGAAUGUUUGGUGACUAAAUUUAAAAAAAAAAAAUUUUGAAGUCAAGAUACGGAUGAAAGAUCUCUGUAUUGUCAAGACAAUAUCAAUACAAACAAAAUCUGACCACUCCAAACCAAAAAUACAGUAUUUUAUCAGAUUAAAAAAAAACCCUCUUUUUGAUACAGAGGGACAUAAAACGUCAUUGCUUUUGCUGGUUUAAGUCCCACAAAUGUCUUCUUCAGACAUUCAAUUUGUAACGGGACACAUGUGACACAGCAAUUUCAGAGAUGAUGUUGCGUUUUCUUCCAGUUGAGCCCAGCAGUUUGCAACCUAGCUCAUUAGGUUUAGCUGGUUCAGAGCCAUUCACUCUGCUGCGCUGUUGCGUCGCCGUCCAGCAGUUCAUCCUGCUCCGCGGGUUCAGCUUCAGCGUCGAUCUCUGGACCUUGUACUGGCGUUGGGGUUUCAGUGCGUCUUUGGAUACGCACCUGAAACAGUACAGGACAUUUUUAAAAUUUUUGUUUUUGAAAAUCAGUCACUAGGCACAACUUUUUUUUCUUGUUUUUCUGUUUGUUUUCUCCCCCCCUACAGUUACAUCAGUACUCUGUGUAACCUUUCCAUAUCUUGAGGCUUUUGCAUGUAAAAACCUGUCUAAACUCAUCUGGCUAAUGAUAUACAGGUGCUGAUUUUAUUAAAUUAUACCCCGAUAGUUUUAAGAUAGAGAAGAAAUGUAAGCAACUCUCAAAACACAGACUAACUUUUUGAAUAAGUGAUGUGCUGCAAUAAAGACCCGACACAUAAACAACACAUACAAAGUGCUUACAGUACUGUUUAAAUUAUAUUCUAAAAUAUAUUAUGUUAACAUGUUUUGGGUUGAAUGGCUGUUCUUAAAAAGAUCAGGAUGGGCUGGGCAACAGUUGGUCCCAUUCAUACAUGUCAGUCCAGAUAAUUUUAUGUUUCCCAGAAUGCCAUUUAAUGUAAAUUGAAUUUGUAUGUUAAAUAACCAUUUUCAUUUUAUUGCAAUAUUGGCAAUUAAUAACAUGAGCACAUGUGGAAUUUUACCUGCAUUUUUGAGGACCAGGGUUGAUAAAUGCAAUGAUGGUGAAUAAACUGAGCCACUGUU